CAAUUCUCGUUUUUAUGUAACUUAGCAUUUCCGAAUUAGGGUUUUUGCAGAUCAUUGAUCAAUUUUUUUUUUUUUUUAAUGUUUUUGUUGUAGUUCGUUCAUUUGUUUGAUUAGCUAGCUAGUUAUAGUUAUUAUGAUUCAUAUCUGUAUACAAUAAUCAUUUCGUUAAUUGCUAUCCAUUUAUUGUUGAAUUUCUUGAUGAUUGUUGGAUCGUUUUAAUUUUGUAGAGUAUCAGAAACUUGGUUGAUUUAGUGAGUGCUUUAUCUACGUACAAUAUUGUCCAAACAUGUCCAAGAAGAGAGGUCUUUCACUAGAAGAGAAGCGUGAGAAGAUUCUUCAGAUCUUCUAUGAUUCACAAGAUUUCUUUCUUCUUAAGGAGCUUGAGAAGAUGGGUCCAAAAAAAGGUGUCAUCAGUCAAUCAGUGAAGGAUGUUGUGCAGAGUCUCGUGGAUGAUGACCUUGUCCUAAAGGACAAGAUUGGAAGUUCUAUAUACUUUUGGAGUCUUCCUAGCACAGCUGGAAAUCAGCUUAGGAAUGUGUCUCGCAAACUAGAAUCUGAUCUUCAUGCCAGCAAGAAACGUUAUGCUGAGCUGGUGGAACAGUGUAAUGCCCUGAAGAAGGGACGCGAAGAAUCUGAUGACAGAGAGGAGGCUUUAAGCGAAUUAAAAUCUGUCGAGCUUAACCACAAAGAAUUGAAGAAUGAACUGGCACAGUAUGCAGAUAAUGAUCCUGCUACUUUUGAGACAAUGAAAAAAGGUAUAGAAGUUGCGUAUUCAGCUGCCAACAGGUGGACAGAUAACAUCUUCACUUUGCGGCAGUGGUGUGCCAAUAACUUCCCACAGGCUAAAGAACAGCUUGAACACUUGUACCAGGAGGCAGGAAUUACAGAUGAUUUUGAUUAUCUGGAGCCGCCAAAUGUAGCUCCAGUUGGGUCUCCAACCUAGUCCUGAAGAUGAAUUUAUUCUGAUGCAGCUUUGCAUAAAAUCUCUUUGCCCAAAGAGCAGGAUAUCUGGUGCUGGCCGCUCAUCGCUGGUAGUGAUGUCUUUUUAACUGACAUUGUCUAGGAAAAUCCAUUGGAGAACCAGACUGAAUGUAGUGUGCAUAUGCUUGUACUUAAGUUCGAGCUGAACAAUCUGUAAGAACUACCCGCACCCCUGAUCCUAUUACCUAUUGCGAGCAGAAAUUCUUGAGCUUUGGGUCUUUAUGGCAAACAAAUUACACUGUACAUAUUUGGUUGCUGUUCACUCGUUCUUCCUUCC